AUGCAUCAGUGUGAUUCCCCGCCACGUCCCUGCACUUGUCACUGCCGCUUAACCCCUCUCGUGUUGGGACGUUCACACUGCACCACUGGAGCAGAAGAGCCACAAGCGCCCAGCUGGGCUCUUGUGUUUGUGAUGCCAGCCGCCACAUCUGCCACAGCCGCCCCACCUGCCUCCACUGGGCCGGGGCUGCAGCUGUACAUGUGGGGAGAGCUCUGUCAGUUGGGGUUACCUGCUGCCCACCUCACUGACGAAGGCGAGAGCACAGAGUGA